AUGACCACCGAGUUGUACCAAAAGGCGGACGGGGACCUCCUCAACACGUUCUUCGUGUCGCCCAGCGACAAUUUGUGCUUCCACGGCAAAUGUUCCUACUAUUGCGACACGUCGCACGCCAUCUGCGGGAAUCCCGACGAACUUGAAGGGAGUGUGGCGGCAUCCAUGGAGGAGAUCCUACCACAAGCGUCGGAAAGCUCAGUGGGAGACGGACCCCAACUACUGCCAGCUCGUCAGAGAGAUACCACCCUACGACACGGGCCGCAGGUUGUACGAUCUCAUGGAUAUGUCGGUAUUCGAUUUCCUCACGGGGAACAUGGAUAG